AUGGAACAGCAAAAGAAUUUCAUCUUCAUAUUCGACCUGGGAUGCCACCAGUCUGGCUCCAUGGUCCGCUUCCUCCGCGGUCUGGGAAUCACCUGCGAGCUCUUCCCCAUCGAGAAGGCCGUCGAAACCCUUUCCGCUCGCUUGCCCGGAGGUGUGAUACUCAGUGGAGGCUCCGAAAGCGUUACUGACCCGGAAUCCAUGAAAAUUGACGCCAAAGUCUUUGAGGUGUGUGCCGAAAACAAGAUCCCGGUUAUUGCCUUGGGCCAUGCCAUGUAUGCUAUGUCCGUUACCCUCGGAGGCAAAGUCCGCCACCUGGGUGCCCAGGAGACGGAGUACAAGAGGGAGAAGGUUACUGUUGACGCCAGCGUUGACAGCAUCCUCGCAGGCAACAACGGCUUCGUCGCCCACGGCUGCCACCUUGAUGAGAUCGAGGCUGUUCCGUCCGGUUUCAGUGUCUCGAUGAAGGACGGAGAGGGCAACAUUGCUGGUCUGUUCAACCCCGCCACCGGUGUCAGGGGCUUCUGCUUCCACCCUCAGGACGUUGAGGGUAACGAGGCCAACGGCAUCAUGGAGAAGUUCUGCUACAAUGUGUGCAAAUGCGCCAAGACCUGGGAUAUGAAAAGCUACCACGAGCAAACUAAAAAGGAUGUCAUCAAGCAGUGCGGUGGUGACAAGUUCGUUGUUGCUGGACUUUCCGGUGGUGUGGACAGCACUGUCUGUGCGGCCAUUGUGCACGAGGCUAUCCGCGAGAGGUUCCACGGUAUCAUGAUCAACACUGGGUUGAUGAGGUACCAGGAAACUCAAAAGUGCUACGACAGGCUGAAGGCCGAGAUUCCCGGCAUCCAGCUCACCAUUCGCGACUCGUCGUCCGUGUUCUUCAGGGAGCUCAAGGGUGUAAUCGACCCCGAGCAGAAGCGUAAGGUGAUUGGUAGGGUUUACAUCGAGGAGUUCGAGAGGGCCAUGGCUGAACUCGGCUUCAACCACAACAACUGCCUGCUGCUGCAGGGAACCAUCUACCCCGAUAUCCUCGAAUCUGAGCUUAACAGGAGGAGCAAGUUGCCCGUCAAAUCCCACCACAACGUCGGUGGUCUCCCAGAAAACCUGAAAUUCGAACUCAUCGAGCCUGUGCGCUUGCUGUUUAAGCAGGAGGUCAGGGACCUCGGCAAACUCCUCGGCCUCUCGGAGGCAACCUUCAAGAGGCACCCAUUCCCUGGACCAGGUCUUGGUGCGCGUGUUCUCGGCGAAUUGAUCCCGGAGCAUGUCGAAAUCGCCAGGCAGGCCGACAGGUACAUGUUCGAGGAGCUUGAGUCCAGGGGACUCGUUGACAAGGUGUCGCAGUGCGCAUGUGUCCUCCUCCCCAACACCCGUUGCACGGGUCUGAGGAACUCCGCCAGGGUUUACGGAAUGGUCGUUGUCGUCCGCAUCAUCAUGACCGUCGACUUCGUCACCGCCAAAUUCGCCAGGCACAUCGACAUGGAAUGCCUCGCCGCCAUCUCCCAGAGGAUCACCGACAACAUCCCGCAAGUCAGCAGGGUGUGCUACGACAUCACCGACAAGCCCCCGGCCACCAUUGAGUGGGAGUAA